AGGAUGGACGGGAGGUCGGACUGCCCGGCCGAGCUCCCGGCACAGGCCCCCGCACGCAUGGGGUCCACGCCAUGGGCCAGGGCCUUCUGCUCCCUGGCCCUUGUGCCCACGGUCCCCAGGGGGUGAGACUGGGUGCCCAUGCUAUCAGGAGACACAGUGAAUGACGGGCUGGCACGUACGAGUGUGCCGACGUGAACCCAGGCACGUCUCGGUAAGGGCGCCCGCGUCCACAGCCCCGCCGUGGUGGCUAAUGAAGCCCAGCGGCUGCCAUGCCGGCCGCUGAGAGAGCCCAGCCUCACGCUGUCCGAGGCCACGCCCGCCUCGGGUCAAGAGGAACCACGGUCCUGGGAAGUGGUGUGGAGAGCCCAGCCGGUGCCACUGUCCGCGUGUUCUUCUCAGGCACACGGCCGGGAGGCGGCAGAUGGGACAGGCCUGUCCGCAUCCCCGCACCGAGGCUGCUGCCAUCCCAGCCCUCGACGCCCGGCCCAAAGAGCUGGGGUGCCCCCACCGAGAUCGCAGAACCCUGGAAUCGGAGCCGGGGCACAGGGCAGGGCCCGGGGCAGCCCCCGACCAUCGGCCCUGCCCUGCCCAUGCUCGCGGCCCGGUGGGGGUGGUGAGCACGUGGAAAUCAGAUCUGGGGAGCGGGCUCUGGACCCCUCCUGUUAACAGACAAGCCCUAACCCCAGACAACUGUGUGCAUCUGCCCAGUGCUGACUCUUUAAAAACUAAGGACGAAAAAUAAUAACCAAGGACACAGGAACAGAGCCAACCCCUUUUGUGUGGGAGUGCUUUCAGCCCGCGCCGUCCCGCCCCCUGCGCCCCAGCCCACACGUGGCCUGGUUUCCAGCAGGAAGAAACUGACUAGGCCCGGGAAGCCAUGUUGCAAGUGGCUUUGGUGUCGUGGCUUGUCCUGGGAGGUCGACGGCACUGUCAUCGCAGAUGGAGACGGAAGGCUCUGCAAGGCCACCUCCCCACCAUCGAAGCCGGGCCAGACAUGCCACUUAGGGCCAAACACAGAAAACAGCAGCGUCAGGAGCUGGCCAGUCACCGAAUCCACUUACUCUUCUGGCAGAAAAGGAUGGAAUGACUCUAUACCUCCCAGAGGCAGGGAAACAGUCCCUUGGGUCCCACAUUCCAGGCGGGGACGCAGCUGUACCAACGAGUCAGGACAGGACGGAGCCCCGGGCAGCUGCUGCCGCCAGGAGGGGGCGGAGGGCUUCCCAGGAAAAGGGCCCUUGAAUUGUGCUUCUUUCAAACAAGCUGGAGCUAAGUUUACCCAGGGGACAGAGAGACGCACGGUGUGCCCGGAGGAGCGCCCUGCGAGGGGCCUGUGCGAGGGGGCCCAGGUGUGAGUCAGGCUGCGGGAGGCGGCCCAGGGCGGGGCCCUGGUACAAAUGCCCGGGGCCCUGUGGGACAGCUGGCUUUAUAGCAGCAGCUGGGCUGCCGGGUGCACAGGAGCUGCCAAGUGACCGUGCAGCAUGCUCCGCGCCCUGCUUCUCCUGCCCAGCCUCCUGGGGGCUGCCCUGGCCAGCCCCAUCACGGGCCCUCAGGAGUGCACCAAGGGCCCGGCGGUGUGGUGUCAGGACCUGCACGCAGCCACGAGGUGCGGGGCCGUGGGGCACUGCCGAAGCACCGUCUGGACCGAGCCCAGCGCCAGGUCCCUGCCCUGUGACGUGUGCCUGGAUGUGGUGGCCGCCGCCAGCGACGGGCUGAAUCCCGGUGCCACAGAGACUGACAUCCUGGCUUUGCUGACGAAGACUUGUGAGUGGCUUCCCAGCCAGGAUGCUUCGGCCAAAUGCAAGGGCAUGGUGGACACCCACAGCUCGGCCAUCCUGAACAUGCUCUGGGAGGCGCCCGGCAGCUCCGCGGCACAGCUGUGUGCCGCGCUCACCCUCUGCCAGCCGCGGCAGGGGCACCCGGCCCCCCCAGGGCCACUCCCCGGCGACGACGCAUCCGAGGCGGUGGCCCGCUUCAUGACCCAUGGGCCACUCAGCUUCCACCCGACACAGAUGCCCGAGGACACUGUGUGCCGAGACUGUGUCCAGCUGGUCACCCAGCUCCAGAAUGCUGUUGGGUCCAACGUAUCCAGCUUGGCAGAAGCGACCACGGAGAAGCAGUGUGAGUCCCUGGGGCCGGACCUGGUUUUCCUCUGCAAGAACUACAUCCUUCGGGUCCUGACCCCGGCUGAGCAGACACUGCAGCUCGUCCUCCCAGAGGACACCUGCAGAAUGGGGGGCUUCUGUGAGGAGCUGCGGGGACCCGCUCCCCUGGCUCACAGGGCUGAUGCAGAUGGGGUCCCUUCUCUGGAGCCGGUGUCCCCGAGGAAGAUGAGCGAGGUCCAGAUGCACGCCGGCCUGACCUGUGAGGUGUGUCUGCAAGUGAUCCAGGAGCUGGACCAGUGGCUGGAAUCCAACAGCACCGAGGCCUUAAUCAGCCGCGCCCUGGAGCGAGUGUGCUCAAUGAUGCCCAAGGCCAUCGAGCAGCAGUGUGUCACCUUGGUGGAUGCCUACAGCCCCUCUCUCAUGCAGCUUGUGACCAGAAUCACCCCAGAGAAGGUGUGUAACACCAUCCGGCUCUGCCGCAGCCGGAGGCGGGCCCGGGCCAUCCACAGGGCCCCCGAAACCACACCGUCCCCACUGCUGGACGGGGACAACCAGGGCAGCUUCUGCAACGGGUGCAAGAGGUUGCUCGGCGUGUCCGCCCGCAACCUGGACCGCAAGAGCACGCAGCGCGGCAUCCUGCGGGCCUUCAAGGGCGGCUGCAGCAUCCUGCCGCUGCUGUACAUGGUGCAGUGUAACCGCUUCGUGGACGAGUACGAGCCCGUGCUCAUCGCCAGCCUCAUGGAGAUGAUGGACCCCGCGGCCCUGUGUGCGAAGGCAGGCGCCUGCCAUGCCCCCAGGGCUCCGCUGCUGGGCACCGAUCAGUGCGUCAUGGGCCCCAGCUUCUGGUGCAGGAGCCCCGAGGCGGCUGAGAUGUGUGACGCCGUGGAGCACUGCCAGCGUCUCAUGUGGAAGGCGACACGCUUUCUCGAGGGAGAGCAUGCAUGACCGUGGCCGCCGGCGACCCAGCGCCGGCCAGUGCCCACCUGGAGGCCCUUGUCUCCUGGAAUCCCACAGGGACCCUACGAGGCGGGUGCUGUCCUCAUUCCCCUUUCACAGAUGGAAACCCGAGGCUCCAGAGAAGCGGGGCUCACGGCCUGAUCCUGCGGAGCCCCGUCCUACCAACUGUGCAGUGUGGCUCUGCCCUGACCGGCGUCGCCCACGGACUGAAACCAGGUGCUGGGCCACCGCCCCCUCCCAGCCCCCGUCACGGUGUCGGGAGCCUGCAUGGCCUCACGCCCCCUCUCCGCACCUUGCUGAUGAAUGCCCAGCUGUGAGCCAGGCUGGAGGCACGGCUGGGGCGUUCGGAGGCCGAGGUGGGGGGCCCCCUCGCAGGUGGGUCCCAUCCCUCUCGUCUGGCAGCUGGGGGUGGGGACCAAGUCUCAUCCACGGCAGCAUCACUGAUUCAGGCCAGAGCCUCUCAAUCUGGGUGCCUGGGGUGGCCCGAAGGUGUGCGUGAGGCACGGGUGUCUGUCAACCUUCCUGGGGACCCUCCUGGGAGGAGGCUGGCUCUGACUGCGUCCCCUAGGGAUGCCUGGCUCAAAGAGGACCUUCCGAUGCCUCAGCCACCACGGGACCCUCUCCCCGUGCCCCAGACCUGGCAUCGGGAGCAGGAAAGCUUGUGCUGUCUCUGAAUGAGGAGCUAAAAGUGAGCCGGGGAAGAGCCCCGUGGCUUCCAGGGCUGCGGGGCCAUGCGGCGGUCAGCAAAGCCCUUUACCCACGGGAGCCUGUUUUCCAAUCUGUAGAAUAGGAGUGAUCAGACCCACCUCACAGGGACAGUGAGACAUUCAAGGAGGUGUCCACGAGCUUCCCCCCACCCGCCCCGAGACCACAUCCAUCACUCUGCUGGGACCAGCAAAACCCAGCUCGGGGUCCCCGGAAGAAUCUGGCUAUACGCGUUUGGAAUAAACGGAGGCGUGUCCAAACCAUGUUUGCUGUGCCCUCACUCAGCACGGGCCGGCUCCGGGGGCUGCCCGCCCCGUCCCUGCUGCCUCGCCUGGGGGCCCCUCCUGCGGGAAGCCCUCUGCCUGGUUUAGACACCCGUCGUGGUGUCCCCUCACCCACAUGGUUUGCCGUCAUCGGUCUCCCCCGUGCACUGUGAGCCCCCUGGGGACAGCCGCGGGGCUGUGUCUCGUGCCGGCACACAGUAGGUGCUAAAAUGCUGUGUGUCCCAUGAGGCCUGGCCCAGAGAGGCCCAGCCAGUGGUCACCUGCAGAUGAACGCUCUCAGCAGAAGUGCCGGCCUGGGUGGGCAGCGACCUCAGCAGGUGCUCUUUUCCAAGGCCACACCUGAGCUCUUAGGUCAAUGUCCCAGGCCCCGACCGUUGCCCUGGGAACACAGGUGUACUUGGCCCGAGUCUCUGGACUCCCGGUGCUGGCUGGGCCUGGGUCCCCUGGUCAGCCCUGUCCAGGAUGAGGACGGCGAGAAGCUGGUAAUCAUAAUGUCGCACCGACCCGCGAGCCCGGAUGUGGCCACGGGAAGCCAGCAGCCAUGUCAGAUUCCAAACACGGAGCCUAGUGACGGAUGGACUUGCAAACGGAAGGACUGUGAAGGAGCCACGGUCCCCAGGACUGGCCCUAGAGGCUGUCAGUCUGCCGGCAGGUGUCCCCUGUCUGACAGGAUGGAGCUGUAGCCCCUCCUCUGGCCUGGUCUGGGGGGGAUACCUGCUGACAGCUGUGUGACAAGUCAGUUUCCUGGGAUGUCACUAGUCACACAUGGCUGGCCUGUGAGAGCCCAGGAGAUGAGUGCCACCUCUCCCAGGUGACCCACAUGCAGAGCUGAGACGCUCUCCUGGACCCUCGGGCCCUGAGCUCUCCCCGUCCCCAGCCCAAAGCUGCCUGUGGCAGGCGGGCAGGUGGCGUCUCCACGUGCUCCUUCCCUCUGCUCCCCCGACCCCAGGCCUGGGAGCCGGCUGCCACCACCGGCAUACUGUACGGGCGAGGCUGCAUGCCGGCCCAGCCAGCGCACCCUUCGCAUGGCGGCCGUCCAAGGACGAUGACCUCCGGGGGACCUGCAGGGGGCUUGCUCUGCACCCCGGCCGGGCGCGGCCCCAGAGCUCUGCCUGGCUUCACUCCUCAUCCUCAACCACCCCCACAAGAAGGCGCCGUCAUCGCCCCAUCUCAGAGGCAGGAACAGAGGCCAAGAGGGUCAGUGACCCGCCCAAGGUCACACAGCCAGCAGGCGGCCGUGCCUCUGACCCUCGCAGCCACUGCACUCAAGGCCUGACUCCACCACGCCCCGACCCCUGCCCGCUUCCUCAU